AUGCCAAUUGACACCAAUAUAAGCCACAGAUUGCGAUCACAAACACGAACGUCGAGCGCCUCAUCUCCGCGCCAACGUCUUCGCCCGAAUCCACGCGAGUCUCGAAACCACUCAAAGCCAACUCUCGGCCUCAGACGGCUGUACCCGACGUUCUCGCCCUCCAAGACCUGUUCCGCUGUCCCGACGAAGACCUCUGCGAACGAAUCCAAAAGUACUCGAAAUCCAAACAAACAAUCCGUUAAUCACUUCUUCGCCAAUCCCUGUCUUUUGCGCCUUUGGUCUCGUCUUGAGUUCCCUUCUCUUCAGCGCAAGAAAUCCGCGAAAGAAGACAACUCUCGAGACAAUCGACGCAAAAACGACUCUUCUUGUGGCCAAAUGUGGCCCAAAAAGUCAAAGCCGACCACAACUGACGACAAGUUCGCCGCCGAAGAAGAGGCGAAGGACUCGUUCUCGCGAUUCGGAGACGACUUAUGCGAAGAGUUGUUGUCUUUGCUGUCUAUUGAGGACUCGUUUCGCUGUCAAUGCGUUUGUCUUCAGUGGAGAAGAAGUGUUUUUCGCCGCAAAUCCCAACUCGAACUCAACGACCAGUUGUUCAGCAAAUGGCAAAAAGUGGAUCUCUUUGGC